AGUGUUUGGCGCGCGGCGCACAGCGUGGACUUGGAGAUGUCUUGGCAGCAUUACGCACGACGACACGAGAAACGCGAAAGCCUCCUGUAGAAGGUCAGGAUACUUCUAAGCUGAAACAGACCGGCUCUCUACUUUUGACUUCGAAGAAGUAGAAUAACUCCUUUCCUUUCCUCCUGAAGACAUCUUAUCUUUUCCUGUCCGCGAGAGGGGAUUCCGUCGAACGCAGCAGCAGGAGCUUUAUUUGGGUCUGGAUGACUUCUCCUAUCUUCGGGUCGCGGUGGCUGUAGAGGAACGGACAGGAUGUCAACAGCUUGGGGAGGGAACAAACUCUCCAGAGCAACAUUUUUUUAGAGAUCCCUAAAACGUGAGGAUGAUCCCGCCGGUCAACACGAUUCAGGACGAAAGUGGGGGCAAAGAGGACGAACGGGAUCAGAAUGAGACUCCGAAAUCCCCAACGGCGAACGCCACUCAGCAGGAAACCAAGAAUACUGUGAGGCCCGAGCAUCAAAAGCGCAAGCUGCAGAGACUUAAGCGCUCACUUUCCUUCAAGACCAAGAGCAUCCGCAGCAAGAGUGCAGACAACUUCUUCCGAACAAGCAACGACAACAAGACAGAGUUGCUCUCGGAUGUGAGCAGUAGCACGGGCCAUCUCUGCAACAUUGGGAUGGCCCCACCGCACUCCACCAACCUCCCCAUCCCUCCGGUCCCUCCGGCCAUCCCCUCUGCUCCUCCUCCAACGUCGCGCUCCCAGUCACGCAACCCGCUGCAGGUCGACUCUGCAGGCCACUGCUUCAUGGAGCACAUCUUUAAGAAGCCAACGUUCUGUGACGUCUGCAAUCACAUGAUCGUAGGUACAACAGCCAAACAUGUGGUGUUCUUGGCGGGAAACACAGCAAAGCACGGCCUCCGCUGCAAAGCCUGCAAGAUGAGCCUGCACCACAAAUGUGAGAACGGAGUGGGACAGCAGCGCUGCAUGGGCAAACUGCCAAAAGGCUUUCGGCGGUACUACAGCUCUCCAUUACUGAUCCAGGAACAGUACGGCUGCAUCAAAGAAGUCAUGCCCAUCGCUUGUGGGAAUAAGGUUGACCCUGUGUAUGAGGCGUUGAGAUUUGGGACGUCGCUGGCGCAGAAGGCAAAGAGGUCUAGUGGGUCUGAGUCACCGCACAGAAACUCGACGAGUGACUUGGAUAAGGUUCCAGAGGAGGUGGUGGCUCACAGCAGCAGGCAGGAGCUGUCGAGAAAACACAGCGAUGAUGUUUUCACAGUCAUUGAGAAUGGGACGGAGCUCUACAACCAGCCAGAGAGAAAGAAUGACGAUUUGCCGUUGGAGCAGAGCCAGCUACAGAAAGACGUCCUUAAGCUCAACACAUAUGUAGCCUUGCAUAACUUCACUCCCCAAGACAGCCAUGACCUGGAGAUGAGCGCGGGAGAGAGAAUCUUGUUAGCUGACGACUCCAACGAUGACUGGUGGAAGGGGGUAAUUGAGGACAGGAUCGGAUUCUUCCCAGCAGCAUUUGCUCAUAAGGUGCAGUCAGAGGACCAAGUGUUCAGGUGCAACAGGACGUUUAUCGGCUGCAAGGAGCAAGGCCAGAUCACCUUGAAGGAGGGACAGAUAUGUGUGGGCAGUGAGGGUGAACAUGGCGGCUUCAUCAGAGUGGCGAGCGGAAAGAAAAGAGGCUUUGUACCCUGUGACGUUCUGGAAAUCAUCUGAGACACUCGAAAGAGAGCUAAUAGAGAGAGAGAGAGAGGAAGGGUCGGCCUCCUGGAGGUCAGACGAGGAGAAACUGAACCUUAAGAGAAAACUGUGAGGGAGUUGGCCUUUAAGGGUUUGGACUUUACUGUGAUGCUGGCUAUAAAGACUUUGCUGUUGGUCGGAAUCUCUGUACCUUCCUCACACCUUCUUAAUACAGAGAGAGAUGCUGAGACAACAGACUGACAGACAGGAGAUCUCUGUUUCACUGGAUUUGAUUUAAUGAUCAUGUGUGUAUGUUAUCCUCUUUAGUUUUAUUCUGCUACAAGCUGUUUGUUUUUUGAGAGUAGAGCUGUCUACGCCAAAGAACAGGAAACCAUCAAUAGUUGCAAAGAUUUAUUUCAAAAUGUCAGUACAUGCUGUGACACUCCUCCCUUAAAUGUUCACACAUUACUUUUUCAUGCUAAACCCUGACUCCAGAAAAUAGUGACGAGUAAGCAGCAUUAGCAUAUAUGAACAUUUGCACAUUUUGAAGCCUCAAAUCUCCCUUAAGAUGUAUUAAAAAAAACCUUAUAGUAUAACCUCUAGUGUUCAGUUUCAGUCCUAUGACAGAACCAAAACGCAGGUGGGAAACAGCAAACACUCAUCAUUCGCAGCAGGAGACUUUCAGGGGGGAGUUUGACACAAUCAAAGGCUUCAGAUUCUCAGCGGUCUUCCAGAAAUAUCAUCCUAAUCCUACCCAGGUUAAGAGAGUCUGUUGCAUUCUGGGAUUAUACUUCAAGAAGAUGUGAAUAUGUUUUUCACUGUCAUAGGAAUCAGAAACUGGUAAGAUCUGCGUUUCAGAGGACGCAAAACUUAUCUACCAAAUUGAAGUGUCUCCGUGUUGCAGAAUCACACUUGUCUAAAUUGGAUUGAAAAUGUCGUUGUUGUUUUAAUGAUUUCAUUUAGUUUCUCCGUUGUCGUUUUCAUCAAACAUUUAGCAGCAAAAGAUGCAGCUAUGAUGUAAUUAGAGGAUGGUCAUGUGGUCUGAUGGGAAUGACCUGUGAAAACAUGAUGCACGAAAAAACGUUAGUUU